UACAUAUAAAUAUUGUAAUAUUAUGGAUACCAAUAAUCUAUCAUGCCAAAAUUUUUCGCUCAGCUCAAGCUCAACGGUUAAUUCAAAUCUUCCACUAUGCUCUCCAAGCAAGAAGUCAAAAAAACCACUAACUAAAAAGCAAAAAGCUGAACAGGAAUCUUCACCACAAUGUUCCAACAUAAUUACAAGUUCGUCGUCAUCCUCAACGACGACCAUAUCCUUGGCCGCCUUUAAUUCGGAAACACAAUUUCAAAGAGCUCCAGGACACGAAGCCCCAAAUAUUGGCUAUGAACUAAACAUAGCUAAAUCGAUACUGAAGCAAUAUAGUACAUUAAGUGGCGACAACUUAUUUGAUCAUAUCAGUGAUAUUGUGAAGCGAGUCGUCGAUGAGCGUCCCCCAAAUGUUAUCGAUUUCUUUGAAGAGUUCAGUCGAAAUGUACGCGAACAGAAGUUUCAUGUACCUGAACGUUUCCCCCCAAAUGGGGUUUUUGCCGACUGUCGAAUGUUUCGUCCAGCCAAGCAAAUACUUCAUUCGAUUAAGUUACCCCACAGUGGUGAAAACCUUGAUUUUGAGGGUGAUGAGGAUCUCGGGGGUGAGGAAUUUGAGGCGGAACUACGAAUAAAUAUUGAUGAUUCUAUGCGAAUGUUUGUAACAUUUAAUGAACGCGUCGAACAAUUGCAAUUCUAUUGGAAUCAAUGCGGCUUUAGUAUUAGCAAAGAUGAUAUCUUCCAGUUGGCAAGUUCCAUUAAUCGACUACAGACACAUCCAUCGAUAAUGCAAUGCCGAUUUUGGGGCUGUAUAAGUGGAUUGAAAGCAUCCUACUAUAUUGUGGAAGCCUCGCUUUCGCGUGAGGAAAUCGCAUCACGAUUGACCAUGAUGAAGGAGGAAAUGAGGGAAAAGCAACUGCCAUUUAAGGUGCGAAAAAAUCAAGAGGCAAAGCCCGCACCAGCACAUAUAGGACCAGAAUUAACUCCAGGCACUUAUGGUUGGGAACUGUAUGCCAAGGAUGAGUUAGAGAAGAUGACGCCAAAGGCGAAGCCAGUGCCUUUGGCAGAGGAAAUCGAAGUUUAUGAUAUACCACCCGAGUAUAUUGGAAAUGGUUGCAAUCGAUUUUCAUAUUUUGUGGUUAAUUGUUUGCACAAUGAUUGGAUUGAAUUACCGAUUGUGACGCCACGUCAAAUUGUUGUUUCGCGACAGAUUAAAAAGUUUUUCACUGGAGAUUUGGAAGCGGAUGUUGUGUCAUAUCCAUGUUUUCCGGGCAAAGAGAAACAUUAUUUACGUGCUGUGAUUGGUCGUAUUACGGCUGGUACUUAUAUAGCGCCUCAGGGAUAUUAUAGACGUAUGACUAAGAAGGAAAAGAAUCUCUAUGAUGGCAUCAAUCUUAAUCAAGAAGAAGAGGAGGAAGAAGAGGAAGAGGAUGACUUCAAUGAGGGUAAAGAAGAAGAAUCACAAGAUAAUGAUAUACAGCUGAUGAGAAACGAACGAUUCGAGAUAGAACCUUUGAGCACCUUGGCCACACCCGCAGCCUGGGUACACGUUCGAUCCAAUAUUUUAAAUCAAGGACGAGUUGUGUGGUACGAUGAGGAACUGGCUGACAAAGAGCGAAAGAAAGCACUUGCGAUGUAUUUGAAAAUGCGAGCAUUGGAGGAAAUGGGUGAGGAGCUCGAGGAAGAAGAAGACGCUGAGGAGGAAGAAGAUGGUGAGGAAGAAGAUAUGCUAGAAGGGUUCAUACAUCCAGAGACGGGUCCCAACAUCUUAUCCUCAUGUGCCGGUGAUAUGAGCAAUGUGUGUUCCAUACCCUGGGGAGUCCGUUUUACCAGCAAGCACACGAAUCAAAAGGAACGCAUAUUGAUAAUGCAAUCAAAUAUUUGGCCCGGGGCUUUUACAUUUAUUUUUGAAAAUACCUGUGAAUCUAUAUAUAUGGGCUGGGGACAUAAGUUUUCAAAACGCAAUAUACCAUUUAACCAUUUGCCGCCUGUUCAAAGUGAAUAUCCUCAUACCAUCGAGGAUUUUAUUGAAUCUACAGAUCCAAGUGUUGAAGACGAACUCGCUUACAAGGAAUGGCUUUUAAAUAAACAAAAGAAAUCUGAACCUGUCGGAGAAGACUUACAUGACUACGACGACGAUGAUUCCCAAGAAAAUAUUGACAACGAUGAUUAAAUUUCAAUAACAGUUUGUUAAAUGUUAUAUAUAUAUUAUGGCAAACACUUAAUGAAUAUCGGCAGAUUAAAGAGUAAAAGUUUUGACUCA